AUGUUUACGGAAGUUAGACCAGAGAAAGGAAAAGGUGGAAAGUAUACUAACGAGAAGAGUAAGCCUGAACCUACUUCAUCCUCUUGGGUUGCAGACAGAAAUGGAUGCUUUGAUGAUCAUACUACUGCUGUAAUGGCACGGUGCCAGGAUGUCAAGGCGCCAGUUUUAAUGAAAUAG